ACACUAACCCCCUCUCACAGUUUGCUGGGUGUUGUGUCAAUUACCAUUUUGAUUGGUGCGGUGCGACGUGAUAAGCAAUCAAUAUUCUAGUGUUAGCUGUUAAAUAUGCUGACUGUUACGUGCGUGGAAAAGCAAUGAGUAUUUCUUGAGUAGUGUUUGCAAACCAAACGUACAGAAUGCAUAGCAGUGGCUCUACCCACAAUGCUAUUCGUUCACACCUAUGUACUGGCAAAACUGGCAGUGGUGAAGUGCAGCCCUUUUCGUGCGGGGUAUAAUUUUUUUGCCAAUGAUUAAACUUAGGAUAACCGGCCGAUAUAACUUUAUUUUACGUUUAGUUGAGUGGUGUCAUGUGUUUAGUUAGUUGUGCUGUGCAGUGUGAGUGUUAAAACCCCUGCAAAAUAGGGAAUUUUGCAGUAAACGAAAGGCAGCGCGAGUCUCAAUUGUGCUGCCUGCCUACCAUAAUAAACUGGCCUAAUGUCAUGGGGUGCUUUGGAAGUGCGAGCUCAAAAGCGGACCAAGAAGAAACUAAAAAGGGAAAGGAAACGAACAAAAAGAUAAAUCAACAGUUACAAAAGGAUAAGCAAGUGUAUAGAGCAACGCACAGACUCUUAUUAUUAGGUGCUGGAGAGUCGGGUAAAAGCACAAUCGUCAAGCAGAUGAGGAUAUUGCAUGUCAAUGGAUUUAGUGAAGAAGAGAAACGACAAAAAAUAGAAGAUAUCAAAAAGAAUAUACGAGAUGCAAUAUUGACUAUAACGGGUGCAAUGAGUACCUUAACACCUCCUGUACAAUUAGAAAAUCCAGAAAAUCAACAUAGGUUUGAUUAUAUUCAGGACGUAGCAUCACAACAUGACUUUGAUUACCCUCCGGAAUUUUAUGAGCACACGGAGAUCCUAUGGAAGGACAAAGGUGUUCAGGCAUGUUUUGAACGUUCAAAUGAAUAUCAACUAAUAGAUUGUGCAAAAUAUUUUCUUGACCAAGUCCAUGUCAUCAAACAGCCAAACUAUACACCCUCAGAACAGGACAUCCUCAGGUGUCGAGUCCUGACAUCUGGGAUCUUUGAAACGAGGUUUCAAGUAGAAAAGGUCAAUUUUCACAUGUUUGAUGUGGGCGGUCAGAGAGAUGAGAGACGAAAGUGGAUUCAAUGUUUCAAUGAUGUAACUGCCAUCAUCUUCGUGACAGCUUGCAGUUCAUACAACAUGGUCUUACGAGAGGACCCUACACAGAAUAGACUGAGAGAAUCACUCGAUCUUUUCAGAAGCAUCUGGAAUAACAGAUGGUUACGGACUAUCUCGGUUAUUCUGUUCCUGAACAAGCAGGACUUACUAGCAGAGAAGAUAAAGGCUGGAAAGUCAAGAUUGGAGGAGUACUUUGCAGAAUUUACACGUUACCAGACACCCAUAGAUGCUGCCCCAGAUCCCUCUGAAGAGCCUCAGGUCAUACGUGCAAAGUACUUCAUACGUGACGAGUUCCUGCGUAUCAGCACAGCGAGUGGAGACGGCAAGCACUACUGCUAUCCGCACUUCACCUGUGCCGUCGACACGGAGAAUAUCCGGCGUGUGUUUAACGACUGCCGAGACAUCAUACAACGCAUGCACCUGCGCCAAUACGAACUCUUGUGAUCAUCCAUUCUCUACCUUCUCCUCCCUCUCUUGUGUUGUUGAAAAAUGCUGAUUUGUACCGAUCUUUGAUUCUGUUCGAGCCGACAAAAAGUUGCCUUCUGUUACCGUUUGUUUGGUGAAUAAUUUGAUUGAGGGUGAGAUUCGGAUGUCGUCUGCAGAAUCGCACUCUGUGAAAGACUGGACGGAACGAGCUAUCGAACUCAUUAAGUUAACGUAAUCGCUUCAGCUUGAUUUAAGUGUAAUUUUCAUUUGACAUUUGCUUGGAUUUUGUGUGAAUUGCACUACGUAGGGCUCGGUCUUGUGGAAGCGGGUAUGACCGAUCAGAGAGGGGCACUUUCGAUUAGAAGUUUUACGUGGUGAUGAGCAAUCUUACCGAUAUUAUGAGAAGUCUGUGUUUAUUCCCCAAUAGCACUGUGGAAAGAAUAGUAGCGAGAUUAGAGGACACUCUAAAGAAAUAACUAUUUAGAUUCUGAUAGUAAAACUACUGAGUCCAAUCACUACUCAAACUUUACACUUUGUUUAAAGUAAAAAUAACAUCGUUUUGUAAAAAUUGUGUACAAUUUAAUGGGAUCUGAUAUAAAUUUUGAGCUAAGAUUUAUGUGUUUUUAUAUCACUUAAUUUUGCCAAUAACUUUCUGAGACCUGUCCGAUUACAUACUUUCAACAUAUGUUUGUUACAAUGUAUAAGUUAAUGUUGUUGACAAUUAUAUCAGUACUGUGUGUAAUUCAUGGUGAAACUUUGUCAAAGUGAUUUAGAAAUGAAACAUAAUCUUAUUACUGAUAACAUUUUUAUGUACAACCAACCUUCAUUUACUUUCACAUUAUUUGUUGCUAAAUUCCUAGAGAAAUCAAUGACCAUUGUAUUAUGAUAGCUAUUUCUUUUAAUAAGUGUAGUGCAAUUAAAACAUUACAUGUUGUUUAAUAUAUUUAUAAAUUACAUUUCUAACAUAAUUUCUCUGAGGCAAGUAUCAAAUCCAGUAAUAUGUGACGUCAAAUAUUAGAUGUUAUUACAUAGUAAAAUUGGCAUACAGUCUUGGUUUGUAAACCAUCCCUCAGUUAUUUCUCAGUUCUCUAUUUAAGAGUGGCAGAUAUUAACUAUGCAUUGUUAUCAAGUUUUUAAUUCCUGUGUAUGAAGUUUAAUGCAUUUAAAAUGCACAACUACUCUAAAGUUUAUAUUAUGUACCUUGAGGUAAGUAACAUGUUUAUAACACUAUUUUUAUCAAGUGAAAUGCUCUUUUGAACUGAGUUUUUAUAUGAAAAGCCAUAUAAUAUAUAAUAGGUAUAUAUAAUUUUUAUUUUAAAAAAUAAAGUGUAUAAUUUGUUAUUUUCUAUUGUACAAAUUAUAUAUUUAUAUUUUCAAUAACUUUUGUAGCUUUUUUGUUUAUAAAUCAUUAAAGUAGCUGUUAUUGCUUGUUUAGAUCAAAGAUCGGGAUAUGGCAUCCGUAUUUAUGUCAUAAGUAAAUAAAAUAAAUUAAUAGUAAAGCGCAAAUUUAAAUAAUUUCAUUAAAUAUUUAUUUCAGUUAUUUUAUUGUUGACUAUUUAAUGAACCUGAUGAAUAUAGAGCUAUUUUAUUAAAUUUUAUAAAGUCUUUAUUUUUAUAUUUACAAAAAAUUACAAAUUUAUUAUUGAUCUAAUUAAUUUAAUUGAGAGUUACUUAUACAGAUAGUAUUUAAAUUAGGGGUGUGUUACCAUUUUAGUUAAAAAAAAGUACUCACAUAUUUCCAACAUUAUAGCGGAGAUUACUAUUCAAAAAAUGUAUGUAUAAGUUAUUUUGUUUUAAUUUUAAAUAAAAAUUCAAUGAAACUGUGUGCUAUUGUACUCAUUCACAUAGUGAAAUGUUGCAUGAUAUUACAACUUUGUUAAUAUAGCAAAACGUUUGUAAGGUCUUGAGUUCUGAUGAAUUUUAUUUCAAUAAACAUGACUUUGUCUUGGCUUUAAAUAUAUUAUUUUGCUCUGUUCACUAUGUUGUACACACAUCCCUAAUUUAUCUUGUAGGCUGUUCAUAUUUAAUUAUUAAAGAAUUUACCAAAAUAACUCAAGAUUUAUUUAUAUAUUGUUGAUUUUGUUAUAUUGUUAUUGUAUUCUUGUUUCAUUUUCAUUAGUUAUGUAUGUGAAAUGUUUUUAACCGAUAGAAAUUCUAGUCAUUCAGCACACUAGUGCAUGUUGCGUGGGAGGCCAUUGUAGAGUCAAUCAACAGGGCAUUGUAUCUCGAGAGUCAUUUCAUUGCUUUACGGUAGAUUCUGUUGUUGUUUUCAUAAUUUGUACAACGACAGGUAACGUUGAAGAAAACAUUUCACGAACAUAAUAUUAUGUAUAAAACAUCACAAGGGCUGCACAAAUUUAUAUGCUGCCAACCCCUAGCUUGAUUUUACUUUGUUAGAGAGGCUCGACUGUGUAUCAUUGCUGUAUAUUUUUUAUACAUAACACUUAUAAUACUUAUAUCCGGUUUUGUUGUAACACAAACUAAUGGCAGUAUUGUGUUCUGUUUGUUUGCUGCACACGCAGAAAUGCGUUUCUGUCCACUCUGCGGAUGUUUCCACUGAUGGGCGAACGCUAACUGUCACAAGUGCACAAUGCUUAAGUAGUCGAGGAAAGAAAAUGUAUUUUAUACCUGAUUUAAAAAUGAUUGUUUUCUAUGUUUGUUAUUUAAAGAAAUUGUGAUAAAUUGAUCAUUGUCAGCAUGAAUAGAGUGUUUUUGUACCAUUUUCAUUUAAGUUAGUCGUUGAGUUUGUACUGUGUUGUUAAUUGAGUACAAGAGUUGUAUCAGUGUAUUUAUAUUUUGGCAGCUUUUUCAAAGUACAAAUAAAAUCUCUUAAAACAUUGACUCCAACCUAUUACAGUGUCACAAUCUUCUGGCAGCUUUAAUUUGUGUGAUAAUAAAUCUAUCAUUGUUAACUUUAUUAAGGAGACAAUUUUCCUUUUUAAAAAUGUAAACACUUUUGUUAUUACUCCCAACCUUUUGAUUCAUGCUGUGAAAUUGCACAAUGUUGAUCUACCUCAAUGAUCAAGUUAUCUCAACCCACAUUCAGAUUUGUUGGCAAGGAAGAGAGAAUGAGAGUGUGCAUUGUAAGAUAGUUUUAACUAUUGUUUUCUCUUGAAUAUUUUCAAUUGAACUGGUAUAAAUAUAUAUAAAUAUAUAUAUAUAAAUAUAUGUUUUUAAUGUAUAUUUUAAUUAUUUGUAUAGAAUCUUGUGUAUACUAGUCCCGCAUAGUCGCACGAUUACAAACAAAUUGUAAAUUAAAUAGUUAAUAAUGUAUCAGUUUUACAAGACGUACAGUACUGUACCGUACCAUUCUUGUCUAAGCUGGUUGCUGCUGCAUGUACGUCACGUCACGUCACACUUCUCUCUUCUGUUCACUCGUUAUACUUCACUGGUGCGCUGUCCUCUCCUCUCCUCUCCUCUCAUACAAAUAUUGUUUCUUUGUGUUCAUUUCACUAAUGUGUAUGCAUACAUAUAAAUAGUUUUAAGUAUAUUUCUCGUUAUUAUUUUUUUAGCAUCACUAGUUACCUUAAUGUAAGUUACCCUAAAUCAAAGUUACUGUAAAGAAAGAUACAUUCUACUGCUAUGAACUUAUCAAAAUUAACUGUUAAAUAAAUUAUUCUAAAAGCACUGAAAUUCUCUUACUACCCUGUUCACUUAUAGUGGUCCUGUUAUUUAACAUUGCAGGUUUCUCAUAUCCAUUGAGAGUGAAUCUGGCCACAAAAUAGCUUUGUAAUGUUCAGGGUGUUUUCUGUUUCAAAUUUAAAUAUUUGAAUAGAAUACCAGAGAAGUUAUGUUUUACAUUUAGUGUAUUUUUCUUUGUUUAACAUUGUGUGUUAGACUUUAUUACAACCAACUUACACAUUAAAAUUAAUUUUAAUACCGUACUGAAACCUCAAUUUAAAGCUUAAUUGCAAAGUCACCAUUAUUGAAAAAAGCAUAACUUUAUGAAUUUUUAAUAAUAUGGUGUGUAUUAUGCUGUUUAUUCCAUCAUUUAAUUAUCAUGGCACUACCGUAGUAUUUUACAUUUUUUAUUGUUAGUUUAUGUUAAUGGUUACAACUAUUAAGAUUGACCUUAAUCAUAUUUAUCUUCGAUAAUUUUAUUCUUUAAAGUUUGCUUAUAUCUCAAAACUUAGUAUUAUGUGUUGUGAUUGCAAAGUAUAAUAAGUAACUCCAUUGGGUGUUGCAAACAGCUUUUACACAAUCAUUACUUGAAAAUAUGAAUAAGAAGUGAAUGUGAGUGUACGGAAGCGUGAGGUGCGAAGGCAGCAGCCGGCGAGACCCGACCUGUAGAUAGCCCUACCCGACCUAUAGAGUAGCCAAGCUGAUUCUGUGUUGGUGUAUUUGGCUGUUGUCACAUGGUUUCCGGGGUUUAUGCAUCAGUUUAUAGCUUUAAUUUUUAUUGGAAGGUUGUAGCGUAGUCUCAUCAAACUUAUGCACGAAUCACAAAUUUAAAUCAUUGAGAAGAUACGUAUUAUUUAUGGACAUUAAAGUGUUUGAAAUUUGUAUACUGAAAUAAAAAAGCCUUUCAUCCUG